CAGAAUCUUUGUUGAACACUUAUUAGCUCAUCACUCAUUUGUCUAGGUGCUUUGGCUAGUACUUGUAGAACAUUCAAAAGCCUGAAGCGGUGUGGGGGUAGUGGUUGACAACACAGCUUCUUGAAUCAGACUCCCUGGAUUUGAAUUUGAGCUUUACUACUUACUCACUGAAUACAAUAUUGACCCAAAUUGCAAUAGAAACUCCAUUGGUUUACGGUAUGGUUUUACUACAGUAGUCUGCAAUAGCACUGGCAUUUGCAGUGCCUAUGACACUGCUAACUCACAUGGGGUUUUUACUGAAAUUUCUAUCUUGUUCCUCCAUUCAUUCCCAAUCUGUGUUUAUGCAAGUGGGUUAACCAAGGGAGCACCUACACAAAGUUAUCUCCCCUGUGCUUUUCCUGUCCUCUCUCUUCAACAGGCCCCAGAUGAUGGACCUCGGGAAUGGUAGCACAGUGUCAGACUUUAUCCUCAUGGGCUUUGAGCAGAGCUCCCCUUCCACUCAGGCAUUGCUCUUUGCUCUCUUCCUAGCCCUCUACAGUCUGGCCAUGGCCAUGAACGGCCUUAUCAUCUUCAUCACUGGAAGAGACCCCAGGCUCAACAGCCCCAUGUACUUCUUCCUUGGCCACCUGUCCUGCCUGGAUGUCUGUUUCAUCACCACCACCAUCCCACAGAUGCUGAUCCACCUGGUGGUCAAGAACCACACUGUCUCCUUCACCUCCUGCUUGACUCAGAUGUACCUAGUUUUUGGUGUGGGUGUGGCUGAGUGCAUCCUCUUGGCUUUUAUGGCCUAUGACCGUUAUGUUGCUAUCUGCCACCCACUUAGCUAUACCCAGAUCAUGGGCCGGCAGGUCUGUGUGAGGUUGGUGGGUACUGCCUGGUCAUUUGGGCUGAUCAAUGGCAUCCUUCUUGAUUAUAUGACCUUUCAUGGUCCAUUCUGUAGAGACAACCAUAUAGAAAACUUCUUUUGUGAGGCUCCCAUAGUGAUCACUCUCUCUUGUGGGGACCCUCAGUUUAGUCUAAUGGUGAUCUUUGCGGAUGCCAUUGUGGUGCUGCUCAGCCCCGUGGUGCUCAUUGUCAUCUCCUAUGCCCGCAUCCUGGCCUCCAUCCUCAGUAGAGCCUCCUCCUCAGGUCGGGGAAAGACCUUCUCCACUUGCGCUUCCCACCUGACUGUGGUCAUCUUCUUCUAUACCUCUGCCAUGUUCUCUUACAUGAACCCCCGCAGCACACAUGGGCCUGACAAGGACAAGCCUUUCUCCCUCCUCUACACCAUCAUCACCCCCAUGUGCAACCCCAUCAUCUACAGUUUCCGCAACAAGGAAAUGAAGGGGGCCAUGGUGAGAGCCCUGGGGAGCACCAGCCUGGCCCAGGCAGAGUCUGUGUAA